AUGCACGGUGACAUGUUUCCUGGCCUAGUGAAGACCGGCACAUUGACACCCGAGAACGUCUCCAAAUACGCAGCAUACCUCCGCGACACCGAGACCCGCGUCACUUACGGCGACAUCCGCACAGGCUUGGGGGCGUACCUCUGUCUGCUAGAUGACAAGACGAUUGCUACAGCCACCGACUCUGCGAUCGCCAAAGAGAUUGCGCUGAUGCGCCUUUAUAUGAAUGAGGAAGUCCAGGGACCGCCUCCAAAGUGCACCAAGGUGAACACCAACCUAGAGCACUGGCUCAGCGACCACGUCAGGAUGAUGCAACGCAUCGUGGACGCGCAUGCCGACUCUCUCACAGGUAUUGUCGACUACCACGGCACAGCCGCAUGCCCCGACAACCUAAAUGACCUCUGGAAGAACGCCGGAAACUCGCCUGAUACCGACGGAGCCAAGUUCUUCGCCUUGCAGGCCAGCCGGUUCUUCGCCAAGGAGAUGAUCGCAAAGUACGAUGUCACGACCAAGAACAUCGAGAAAUACAUCAAGAUGUGCAAGCAGACGCUCAAGGACCUUGCUGCCGGGGGCGACGAAGAUGCUAAGGAAGAGGAAUGA